AUGAUGCCAUUCAUCCGCAAAGAAGGUAAAGAUACUAUAAUCUUUGCUUCAAAGGAAGAUCAUGCAACACCUAGUAAAAUAGAACUACCAGAACCAGAACCAAGUCCUGGUCUCUUAUUAUCCGGCGGAGAAAUUAAUUGGAAUUGUCCAUGUUUGGGAGGUAUGGCCACUGGACCAUGUGGUUUGGAAUUUCGUGAGGCCUUUUCUUGUUUCCAUUACUCAACUGCAGAACCAAAAGGUUCAGACUGUUAUGAUGCAUUUAAAACCAUGCAAACAUGCAUGGUACAAUAUCCAGCAUUAUAUGGGAAGAAAGGAGGAUCUCUAGAGGAUUUGGAAGAUGGCGAAGAUCCAAUGGACGAGCAUAAAAAAAAUUUAGAGGUCGAUAACAAAGAUUCUCACUUAGAAUCAAAAGUAAAAGAGUUACCCCGUACAUCCAGUGUUGGAACGGGAAUAGAACAAUCUAAUGUUAAGUGAACAUUUGUUGCCAGUGAAUAAAUAAUGUAUUUGCGUAGUAUAGUGAGAAUAAAUUUUCACCAAGACUUAAUGAAAGAAGAUCUCCGAAAAUUUUGCAAAAGAUAGGUUGUGUAAGAAAGCAUUCUUGUACAAAAUAAAGUACUCCUAAAUGCUGCUUUUUA